CGCGCGCCUCGCACUGGGCUCGUCGCUGGGACUCGCCGGAGGUUGAAGCGGCUUGUGUGCGCGCGACCGCUCACUGCAGGGGCAGGACAGCUGCCGACUCCGCGAAACCCCGAAGAUAAAGAAAAACAGGAAAAAAACACAAAUAAACCCUCUGCUUUUGGGGGCCGGGGAUUUACGGGAACAUCGCAGGAAAGUCGGCUCCGCAACACCGUGGAGACGGUUACUGAUAUUUUGGGCCUGGUGUUCGGAGAGAGAAGGAAGAGCACCGACAAAAAUAAGAAAAAGAUAUUCAUUUAACCUCCGGCAUGGCCAGGGAUUACGAUUACCUCUUUAAGUUGCUCAUCAUAGGCGACAGCGGUGUGGGGAAGAGCAGUUUACUCCUUCGGUUUGCAGACAACACAUUUUCGGGUAGCUACAUCACCACGAUCGGGGUCGACUUUAAGAUCCGGACGGUAGAGAUCAAUGGCGAGAAGGUGAAGCUGCAGAUCUGGGACACUGCGGGCCAGGAGCGUUUCCGCACCAUCACAUCCACCUAUUACAGGGGAACCCAUGGGGUCAUUGUGGUUUAUGACGUCACCAGCGCAGAGUCUUUCGUCAACGUGAAGAGGUGGCUGCACGAAAUAAAUCAAAAUUGUGACAACGUGUGUCGAAUAUUGGUGGGUAACAAAAAUGAUGACCCCAACUCCAAGGUGGUAGAAACCAACGACGCCCAGAAAUUCGCGGAGCAGAUGGGCAUCCGUCUUUUCGAGACGAGCGCCAAGGAGAAUGUCAACGUAGAAGAUAUGUUCAAUUGCAUCACGGAACUGGUGCUGAGGGCUAGGAAGGAGGCGCUGGCCAAGCAGCACCAGCAACAGCAGAACGACGACGUGGUGAAGCUGAACAAGAGCGGCAAGAAGAAGAAGAAGUGCUGCUGAUGGACAGAGGGAGGGAGGAGAGGGUGCAGCUGCAGCCGGCACACUGCCAUGACACCUGAUGAACUGAGAGAGUAUAAAUAUAUAUAUAAAUACAUUUUAAAAAGAUUUAAUAAAGAAAUUAUGGGGGGGAAAAAAUGAAAAAAAAAAUGGUGCAGUCCCUUUUGGACUGCGUCAAUCAUAAGGACUUGUACAGAUUCACAAAUGGACAGAUUUUUAUGCGGAGCAGAAGGAUGUUUUAUUUGGGAAUCGCCACUUAUUUAAUAAACUGGUCCAGCUCCUGAACGUUCAGGGAACUGAUGCAGUAGAGCCGCCCCCUUCGAUUUUCACAUCUUUUUGUUUCUGCCGGCAUAUCGUCGCUCUGUGUCUUGGGAGUGGUUUAUUAAUCUGCUGAAUCUGACUCAGGAGGGGAGGGCCCAUUCGCUCUUUUACAAGGGGGGGGGGGCAUCGUAAUACUUCAAAUGUUUUUGAGCUUUGACAUUCCUGUUACUUCCGUUUGUUUCACCCUGGUGCCAGCACAUCAUAAACAUGAUCAUCUGUUGCUUUUUAAUCUAAGGACAAAAUGAUUGUUUCUUCCAUAGCUGGUGAAAUUCCUUUUUAAAUUCCCCCCCCCCCCCUUGUUUUGCCAAAUGGUCCCUCCUCCCAGUGUCAGGUGAAAGUGAUAGUACCACUCGGCCUAGUCUGCACCUGCAUAUCAACAACAGGAGAAUGACAGCCAGUUCGCCAGCAGCCAGCCAGCCCCUCACUCUGAACACCAGGCACAAAGGAGAAAGACAUUUGUCUGAAUUUUUAAUUAGUACUUAAAUAAAAAGAAAAACUAACAGUAUCCUCAUAAAAUGGCACCACCUUCUCCUGGAUUAGCUGAGGUCUCUUUUAGUCAACUGAGGACUGUUUGUUUUGGAUGCCGGUAAAUGGUGGUACCUGUUUCUGUGCUGAGUUAUGCUGACUCUGGUUAGACUGAAUGACACUGUACCCAGCUUCUGGCAGGUUCUCCCAAGCGACACCCCCAGGACUCUUGCGGCAAAGUCAGUCCUGAUGUUCUGUUGUUGACGUACGGUCUGUACUUUUCACAGUUGAGGACCGUGUUUUAGAAUUCAUUUUUGGCAUCUCGAGCUGCAUAUUUACGUCAUGAAUCUGCAUAGCCUUGUAUCGAGAUUAUUAAGCCGAGAUUAAUCUAAAAUUUUAAUGUUGCGCUGUACGCACGGUGUCCUCACGUUACCAUGCUGAUCUGCUUUUUUUACUCGAGGUGAGAUGCGCCCUUUGAGGCCCGUUGCCUGCAUCUAUGAUGCAUCGAGGCUGUGAGGCUCCGUGAGCUCGGGGCAGCCGUGGGAGCAGAUGGCAGAGCCCCGCCUCGGCUUCUGGGAAUGGCCUCGUCCAUUUUGGUGAAAUCAUGGGGUCUGUCUAAUCUCCCCCGAGCUUUUUUAAGCCAUGCUUCUUUCCGUGACGUGUCGUCCGCUCACCCUGGUGACAGGCAUUGUGGGCCUGGCUCCAGAUGCUUGUUGUUGCAGCUGUUAGCUGCAGUGCCCACUUGCAGCGUCUACCCUGAAUCCAUGUUAAGCUCUUACCAGUGUCACGACAGCUGGGAAGCUUUGUGAAAUCGGCCCUCAGGACCAGCAUCAUUGGACUUCUCCAUAUGGCAUGUACUCAAUGGGGGACUGGAUCAGUAGCCAGGGAUUUGUUCAGCAAGGUGGAUGCCUGAGGUGAUGUGAGCAGUACAAAGAGCGGUAGCUCCGUUGUGUCAGGCUGUUAGAAAUCUCCACCCGCCGAACACUAAGAGCCAUUGUUUACAAGAUGGUCGCCACCGGGCCGUGCUGGUGGCGCCGCUCGCGGCCGAACAGACGGGCCUCUGUGGAUGACGUCUCUGCCCCCCACUCCAGGUUUAGCUUGAGUUUUGUAUGUUGUUACCGUUUCCGAAACGCUGGACCAAGUGUCAACCAAGCAGAGAUCAUGAAAACCCACGUGUGAAUGAGAUGGUUGCGUUGGAAUACGUACAUGAAUGUUUGUAUAUAUAGAUAUUUUUGUAUAUAUGUUCCCUUUGACAUUCACGUACAUAUUUAUCUACACAUAAACGUGCAUGCAUGUAUGUGCGCGUAUAAGUGAAUAUAAGUAUGUCAGAAUUUUUCAGCUGUGGUUUACUGUACACUGGAGAAUUAAAAUGUCCCAUCGUUCCUUU